AUGGUCUGUGGAGGAAUGGAUAGUGGAAUGAAUGGUGAUUUGAGCUCGGGUUUCGAAAACUUAUCAUGCGUUCGGUGUCAUGAUAGCUUUGAUCUAAACGAGCAAAUCGUGAAUUCGUCUGGACAAGUAUGGCAUUCUGAUUGCUUUGUUUGUUCGCAAUGUCUGGAGCCAUUUCCAGAUGGUAUUUAUUUCGAAUUUGAAGGACGAAAAUACUGCGAACACGAUUUCCAUGUAUUGUAUGCUCCGUGUUGCAACAAAUGCAACGAAUUCAUUGUGGGAAGGGUGAUAAAAGCGAUGAAUGCCAGUUGGCAUCCAAAAUGCUUUCGAUGCGAAUUAUGUAAUAAAGAACUUGCUGAUAUUGGGUUCUUAAGAAACUGUGGAAGGGCACUUUGUCGCGAAUGUAAUGAACUUGAAAAAGAAGUAGGUCGCGGUCGUUAUGUUUGUCAUAAAUGCAAAGGUAUAAUUGAAGACGGUGGUCAUAUCAAAUAUCAUGGCGACAGUUUUCAUCCGUAUCAUUUCAAGUGCAAACGUUGUGGAGUAGAGUUAGAUACAAAUUCACGUGAGGUGGGCGGAGAACUGUAUUGUUUACGAUGCCAUGAUACGAUGGGUAUACCAAUCUGUGGUGCAUGUCACAGACCAAUCGAAGAACGUGUAGUUACUGCAUUAGGCAAAAAUUGGCAUAUUGAACACUUUGUAUGCGCUGUUUGUGAAAAACCAUUUCUUGGCCAUCGUCAUUAUGAGAAGAAAGGAUUGGCAUACUGUGAACUACAUUACCACAAGUUGUAUGGCAAUAUUUGUUUUAAAUGUGGAAAAAUAUGCAGUGGUGAAGUAUUUCAAGCACUGAAUAAGUCUUGGUGCGUUGAGUGCUUCGGCUGUAGCCUUUGUGAUAGGAAAAUGGAUCACAAGACGAAAUUUUAUGAAUUUGAUAUGAAACCAACGUGCAAGCGUUGCUAUGAUCGUUUUCCAAAUGAACUGAAAAAACGAAUUAGUGACAAUUUAAAGGAGCGUGAUCUUGAGAAUGAAAGAAACAGAAUGAUGAUGCAAAGGCGAUCUACUAGUCCAAUGCAGCAACAAUCAAACGUUUCUAGGCGGUAA